GAUCCUGGCCCCGGCCCCGACCCCGGCCCGGCCACCGAGAGCCCGGCGGAGCUGAGCCCCCCGGGGCUGGAAGGGGACGCCCACCGCGGUGCCUACACGGCUUUCAUGAAAUCCCACCGCUGCUACGACCUGAUCCCCACCAGCUCCAAACUGGUCGUCUUCGACACGUCCCUGCAGGUGAAGAAGGCGUUCUUCGCCCUGGUCACCAACGGCGUCCGGGCGGCCCCUCUCUGGGACAGCAAGAAGCAAAGUUUCGUAGGAAUGCUGACCAUCACCGACUUCAUCAACAUCCUGCACCGCUACUACAAGUCGCCCAUGGUGCAGAUCUACGAGCUGGAGGAGCACAAAAUAGAGACGUGGAGAGAGGUUUAUCUGCAGGACUCCUUCAAGCCCCUGGUCUGCAUCUCCCCCAACGCCAGCCUCUUCGACGCCGUGUCCUCCCUGAUCCGCAACAAGAUCCAUCGUCUGCCCGUCAUCGACCCCGACUCGGGGAACACCCUCUACAUCCUCACCCACAAACGCAUCCUCAAGUUCCUCAAGCUCUUUAUCGCAGAGGUGCCCAAGCCCGAGUUCAUGGCGCGGACGUUGGCGGAGCUGCAGAUCGGCACCUACAGCAACAUCGCCGUGGUGGGCACGGGCACCCCCAUCUACGUGGCCCUGGGCAUCUUCGUGCAGCAGCGCGUCUCGGCGCUGCCCGUGGUGGAUGACUCGGGUAAGGACGGGGCUGUCCCGACCUCGGCUGUCCCCGG